UCUGAAUCAAAUGACUGUCAUAAAAAAGAAAAGUGGCCUCUGAAAAAACCUAUUCUGUUCCUGCAUUUCGUGCUAAAUUAUUCUGAAAUUAUAGUUAAAUCUUAACUCAAUUCUUUAAAUCAACCACAAACAGUAAGAAAAAACGUUCUGUCUGUCGUAAUUUUCCGUAUGUCUGCGCUGCCAUUUUCCAGAGCCAUGACUCGAAACUUUUCUUAGGAGCACACUGUACGAACAUACACCGCAGUACUACCAAUUCUCUAAACGCUGGGAGGUGUAUAGCUUUAGAGCAAGUUAACAGAAAGUUUGCCCAAAAUGAAUGAAAAGCAGAUCGAGGACUUUCAGAGCGCUCUGAACGUGCUCGCGCUCCAGAACCAAUUUGAGAUGAGGCCGCCACGGAACGAGCCCAAAGUCUAUCCGGUGAAUGGGAUCGUGCAGCCGGCGGCGAUGCCGCCCCCCAAUCGCAAGGGAAGGUUCACCAAUCUGUUGCUGAAACUGAGGACCGUGGUGAAUGUGAUGUUGCGCGACAAGUCCUCGCUGCACUUUCGCCAUCCCGUGAAUGCCGUGAGGCUGGGCAUCAAGGAAUACCACACGAUAAUCCAUAGUCCCAUGGAUUUGAAUACCAUCAAGAAGCGACUGGAAUACUCAUACUACUGGGGUGGGGCAGAUCUGCUGGAAGACAUGAGAUUGAUUUUCGAAAACUGCCGCAUCUUCAACAGUCCGGAUUCGCCCGUCUUCCAGAGCGCUGUCACUCUAUGCGAACUUUUCUGGCUACGCAUGGAGAAGCUUCAACCGGAAUUGCACAACGAGAUUAAGGUGGAGGCCAAGCCCAAGCGCCAGCGUAAGACAGCAAGUCCAAUGCGCCCUGCGCCGAAGCCACAGCGACAGCCAAAGGCUCCUGUUAAGAAGGAGCCCGAGGAAAAGGGCCAGCGCAAGGCAGCCAUUCCAACGCCUGCGUUCCAGGCCAAUCAAUAUCCGGAUCGGUCCCAGUGGACACAGAUCAGGCCCGUCCCCACGACCCGUCGUGGUCGUGGCCGCCCUCCAGGUCCACGAGCUCAAGCUAAAAAGUAUGCUACUAGCUCGGAGACAUUGGUCUCGCUUCCGUACCAAAACGUCGUUAAAAAUUACGGCAUUCAAGUGAAAAUCGAAUCGGAGUCCGAAAUCGCCGAGCCACAGGGGUCAGAGGUUGACCUGAUUCCAUUAGAUCGCGAGAUCGAGCGCACUCACAGCAAGACGUUGCUGACGUUUUUGCGUGGGAGGCGUGACGCUUGGCCAUUCAACAACGCGAAGUAUUGGGAGAAGUUUGGUGAAAAUUCGGAAUAUGACCACGAUGAAGAGACUCUGGAUUGGGGUAUAUUGGAGACGCUGUUGGCGGGGCGCCAGUUUGAGGGCUGGGACUGGUUCCUGACCAAGAUACACCGGAUGCUGCACAACGCUAUGAGCUGCUUCGCCCUCAACCCGUCGGUCCGCACAUCGACACAAAGGAUCCACGCAACUGUCGAGAGAAUGAUACCGCAAUUUGUGGAACGCAUAGCGGACGCAAAAGAGAGGGCCCGUGAUGCGGUUCGCUUGAAACUUGAGGCCAUGACACCGGCCCAGAGAGAUGACCUCUUUAAAUAACUUAGCUACGCUUUAAUUGUUCAUUGAAUUUAAUUAACAAAUCCCUCUUAUUGGCCAGUUGACAGAUAUUUGAAUAACGUUCCAAAAGCGCCAUCUCGCGUGUUUGCUGCGAACUAAAUCAUGCCACCUAUCGAUAUCUUCAAAAUACAAUAUCUAUGUUUGCCAUUUAU